UAUUCGUUUUAAUCAUGCCAUAUGAUCAUCUUAUUCAAAAUUUUUAUGACUACGUGAUUUCGUCGACCCUAUUUUUUUUGAUCAAUAUUUAUAUUUAUUUAUAAAAUAUGCAAAAUAUCAAAUAUUAUUAUGAUUUAUUAUCUCCAGCUUGCAGAAGUAUUAUGCUGCUUCUAAAAGCUGAAAAUAUUCUAUUUAAAGGUGUCUCAAUAUCAAAUAAAGAUUAUCUUAUCAAUGAUUACAAACAUUUAAACCCAUUGAAAACUUUACCAUUUAUUAUUGAUAACAAUUUUAAACUAACUGAAUGUUCUGCAAUACUUAAGUAUCUAUUUUGCAAAUAUCAAUUACCAAAUCAUUGGUACCCACAAGAGUUUAAAAAACAAUCAAAAAUAGAUGAAUAUAUAUCUUGGCACAAUUAUAAUACUGGUUUGCAUUGUCAAAUGUAUUAUGAUCAUAAAGUUAGUUUUCAACCUGUAGAUUAUCAUGCCUUAAACAAAUGGAAAAAUUUGACUGAAAACACAUUAGAUCAACUUGAAUAUUAUUGGCUACCCAUGUUAAAUAACAUUAAUAGCAAAGACCUUAAAGACCCAGAAAAUGUUCAUGGUAUUUCAGAAAAUUGUUACACAAAUAACAUGGGAAUUGAAAUAAAUUUGGCCCAUUUAUUGAUAUCUUGCUCUCUCAUGCAACCAUAUGUGGCAGGAUGGGAUGUGGUUACUCAGGAUCGACCUAUUCUUGUCCAAUUUUUUGCUAACCUUAAGCAGCAAUUAGCAAAAAUUAGAAAUCAAUCUACCAAUCUAGAUGUACCAUUUAAAGAAAAUAAUAAGUAUGAAGUUGAGACCACCAAUCAAGAGCGAGAUGAUAUAUUUUACAGUGUCCAUAAAGAAGCACUUGAUUUGAGGAAUGUUUUAUAUCAACAAGGAAAAAUAGUUUUGGGGUGUUAAAUAAACACCUAAAAACUACAAGCUUGUAUAUAUAUACUAUACAUUAAUUUUAAUUCCUAGUUCAAGUCAUUCUUAUUAAUUAUGUAAUAUUUGUUAACAGUACAAAAACUCAUAUAAAAAUUUUAAAUUAAUAUUGAAUAAUUAUGACAAAGUUGCAAUUAUAUAAAGCUUUAAACAUUUAUAGCAUAUUUUUAUUAAUCAUAAUAUAUAAGUAUAAUAUAAAAUUCAACAUAUCGAAUUAUGCAUUUUCUAUUUCAAAACUAUAUACUUUAUAAUAUGCCAUUGAUCGAUUAAAAAUAUAAAGGUCAGUUUUGGUGAUUAAAUUAGGUUCAUGUCUUAGUUAGUGGCUAAUACAGAUCCUAGUAAGUUUCAGAGAUAUGCAAGUUUAAUCAGCUGAUUUUAAGAUAUUUUUUAGGACCAGUCCAAAUUUUUUAUUUAUUUAUGACCUGAGUAUGACCUGACCAAAAUUUAUUACAUGUAUAAAUUAACUAAAAAUUAUAAAUUGCUUUGUCCUAAACCUAGAAAAUCUAAUUAUCGGUUUAUCUUGAUAAAAGAGACAAAAUCAAGAUUCAUUUUUUUAGGCCCAAACUUGGCCCAUUUUAUUUGUAUGGCCUAAAUUUUUAUUUUUAUUGGGCCAACAAAAUUUUAUAAAAAUUUGUUGUUUUUUAUAUAGGUUUUCUUUUUGUCAAUAUAAAUUUUUUUGUCCUCCCUCCUCUUCCCUUAGUUAAAAAAUGUAAUGACGCACUAGUUAAUAAUAAGUCCAAAUAUUAGAUAUUUAUUAGUUAACCAAUCGCGAGUUUAUUCCUGCCUGGUACUUCAAUAUUAGUCAAUAAUUUUGGCGAUUAUUAAAUACUUUUGACCUUGAAAUUUAUAUAUUAAUUUUUUUGUGAUUAAAAAAAAGCAAUAAUCUUAUUUUGUAAAACCGAAUCAAAUACUUAUAUUUAUUU